AUGGCGAUGGAAUACUACAAUGUCAAUAAGAAUCAGGUUAAGGGAAGGAGUGCUAAGGAAGAGAUCUUCAUUUCCUGGCAGUAUCCCCAAAAUGGUUUUUUUAAGAUCAACAUUGAUGGAUUUUCUAAUGAUGAUGGUUUUGCAGGAAUCGACGGCGUUAUCAGAGAUGAAUCUGGAGCCUUUGUUGCUUGUUACUGGAAACACAUUUUUAAGAACAACAAUAAUGUGGCCGAGGUCUUGGCAAUCCGAGAUGGUUUGCGUCUGGCUGUGGACCUGGGAUUACAUUAUUUGGAAGUGGAGAGUGACUCUAGCUAUGUUGUUCAACUCUGCAAUGAAGAGGUUCAACCUAACUGGGAUUGCUUUGGACUGCUCAAAGAGAUAUCUGGUCUCAAGUCUCGAUUCAGUCAAGUGAAGAUCCAGCAAAGAUAUAGAGAAGCCAAUAAAGUUGCUGACAAAUACAGGCUAAAGAUGGAGCUGCUAGAAAUCAUGAAGACAUUUGGAUUGACAAUCUGCCAGACUUUUUAA